UCAAAUCCGGAAAUGAGAUGCUCCGCGUCCCAAAGAUGGUGUCUUCUUCAAUACAAUAGAGGAUAAACACACCAGAAAAAAUGGUGUUAAACAAAUAAUGUCGCGACGAGGAGAUGAAAUAUCUGGUAACUGAAUGUGUGGCGACUGUUUAUGAUUUAUAAAUUGCCUCUGGGGGCGAAAAUGUUGGCUAUCAGGAGAGCCGACGGAGGCUCGUACACGGAUAAUCUCAUUGGGACUUUACUCGCUAUUUUUGGAAAUGUGCUUGUCAGCAUCUCUCUAAGUGUUCAGAAAUACAGCCAUGUGACGUUAGGGGACACCAAGGAUCAUCGUGCCUUCUACCGCACUAAGACCUGGUGGUGUGGGUUUGUGCUGGCAUGUAUCGGGGAGGGAGCCAACUUUGUGUCCUAUGCCUUCGCCCCCCUUGCUCUUGUAGCACCCCUGAACGCUGUGUCUAUCGUCACAAGCGCAAUUUUGGGUCUCAUUUUUCUGCGCGAGAAAUCGAAGCCAAAGGAGUUUGCAAAGCAAUAUGGGCUGGCCUUCCUGGGCUGUAUCCUCACCAUAGGAGGAACGUACCUCUUUGUAGCAUUUGGACCAAACUCUCAUGAAAAGCUCAAAGCUGAGAACAUUGUGAAGCACCUUGUAGGAUGGCCUGUUCUCUUGUAUCUGCUCCUGGAGAUCAUCACAUUCUGCCUGCUUUUAUACUUCUACAAACAGCGCAGUGCUAACUACCUCGUUGUUAUUUUGAUGCUGGUCGCUCUACUGGGCUCCGUCACAGUUAUCACAGUGAAGGCGGUGUCAGGCAUGCUGGUUCUCACCAUCGAGGGCAACAUGCAGCUCAACUACCCGAUCUUCAGUGCCAUGUUUGUAUGUAUGGUGGCUUCAGUGAUCUUCCAGGCCAGAUUUGUCUCCCAGGCUUGUAAGCUGUAUGACUCCUCUCUAAUUGCUUGUCUCAACUACAUCCUCUCCACCAUCUUUGCCGUGGUAGCUGGCGCUGUUUUUUACUUAGAGUUUAAGAAAGAAGACGUGCUUCACAUCUGCCUGUAUUUGUUGGGAUCUGCGUUCUGUUUCCUUGGAGUGUUUCUCAUCACCAAAACCAGGAAAAGGAUCCAGGCCUUUGAGCCUUAUGUCACCAUGGAUAUGUCUAACGGUGUCCCAAUCAUUCACGACAAAGGCACGGUGAUUCAGCCAGACUCCAACGGUGCGUUCUCCUACGGCGCUCUGGUCAACAACGAUGGAGUGGCUCCUGCUCCUCUGCCAGUCAACCUGGAUCAACCAUCAGUCGACUCCACAUCCAGUGAUGCACCUUGGGGCCCUCAUGACCUGAAGCAAGAUUGAAAGUGAUUUUUAACUUUUCUCUUUUACAUCAUUCAACUGUAAAGAACAUUCAUGGACCUUGAAAGGCCAAGAUGAAUACGUUCAGCUCUUCACAUAUGCACAAGACCAACCUCCAGCCCAGUAGGAGGGUCCACUGGGUCUUUUUAAUCUUCUCUUUCUCUGUCUUACACUCCCCUCUACACGCUUUCUUUUCUGAAACCUCUAAACAAAAAAACCAUGAGUAGCAUUCCUUUUUUUAAGAAGAUGUCAGCUGCAUUCAUUCCAAAACUGAAGGGAGGAAACCUGAAGCUGCUGGACGUUGUAGCGGACGCACAAAGAGGGCCCAAUAUGACAGCAGAGACGGUGUUGUGCCUUGAAGCUCACUGCCUUCACUCUGCGUCAGCUUUAUGAUGUUAAGGACUCACUUACAUGACUGUUAAGCAAACUUUCGCACAUUAGCGGGAACAUACAGGGAUCCGUUCUUCCAUUGAGGGCUGUGAUGUCACUCCUCAGAGUUGUAUAAUGUAGCUGCACACUUGCCAAUGAACAUUUUGACCUUUAAUAUCUGCCUCUAACUCUCUUACACAUGAGCGGUUUCACUCCACAAGUUUGUUCUCCUGACGUGACCAAACAACGGGUGCAAAUGUUGUAAUUUAUUGUGAUGUAUUUAUUAAUUUUCAAGUUAGCUUUUAGCGUGCCUUAAUUAGUAGCUGUACACUGGAUAGAUUACUGUAACAUGGUACAUAACCCAGGUAGGUGAGUGACGCAUCACUGUAGCUGUUCAGUUAUGAUGAAACCCUUGAAACAUUGAAAGGUGAAGAUGAAUCGAAGUGAAUCAUGCUUGCAUAUUGACAUACUGAUAAAUUAUUUAAAUGUGCACUGUGAGUUUAAAAAGGUAAUCUACCUUUGGAAGCAUAUGUCUGAAUUUAGUUUUUAGCUAAAAUAAUUUGGUUUCCCUUUUAACCUGAUGCCUUGAAGUUUAUGAUGACAGACAAAUCAAGAAAUAAAACUGAAAGUACGCACUUACUGUUGCAAAAUUAACAUGUGCUGAUCCCUCAGUGUUUUACAAGCUGAACCAUUAUCCAGCAAUAACUGUUUCAUAAUUAAGUUUAAUUAAAUACUUCCAAAUGAAUGAAGGGCUGUGUAUAUUGGAUACUCUCCAUGUCUACACACGUGGCAGUGCAUUUCUACAGUGUUAAUGACGCAGAUUCUUUCCACAGUAUUCAGUACGUACAUGUUAUUAUGGUUUUAUUAUCUGUGGUUUGUUGUGUGUACAAACUCAUCAUUACAUCAUCAUGUAAACCAACUGAAGCCUGUCUUGUUAAUAAAACUGCCAUCUAAUAAAAGCAGAAGAGUUCACUGAU